AAAUUAAAUAUUUGGAAAUACAAAUUCCGCGAUUGCGCUGGGCAGUCAGUGUCAAUGUAAUGAAACAGAACUUAUAUAUAUGCAUAGACUCUUAUAUUAUGUACACAACAUAGUUCUGGCAGGAUCAUCCACAUCAUUGUUAUUCAGGUUAUGUUUUGAUUAGAAUGUCAGGAAUUUGACAUCUGCAGUCGAUCAUAUUGUAGGAAAUUAAUCCAUGAUUUCUAUUGAGUGUUUGGAAAACAUUAACCAAUUAAGUUUUAAAAAAAAGUAAACAAAAAUGCAAUUGAACAGCGAGGACACGUCAGAGCGACGUUUUGAAAUUGAAUGCAAAUUAGAGGCAGAAUUGGCAGCUUUAGAAACUUCAAAAUCUGCCGAAGAACAGAAUAGAAAAUUGACAAAUGGUAUGAUAAAUAUUUUAACAUCUUUGGAAGAUCGAUUGGCUACUUUACAAAGUACUAUAUUACCUGUUUACAAUGAAACUAGCAAUCUUCAAAGACAACAGCUUAAUAUUGAAAAAACAUUGACAUUAUUGGAUCACGCUAUUGGCUAUUAUGGAGUAUGCCAAGAAGUUGAAAGUACGGUUCGUGGAGGACCCAAUGGAGCUUGUGGUUUAGAUGGUUUUUUGGAUUCGAUGAAUAGACUUUACAAUGCACAAUGCUAUUUUCAAAAAAACAAUCCUAGCUCUGUUGAACUCGAAAACAUAUCGACUCUUUUUGAUGCAGGACUUGAAUCACUUUAUGCUGAAUUUCAUGAUAUACUAGCUAGGCAAAGUAAACCUGUUUUGCCUAUAAUGCUUCUGGAUCUCAUUGGUAUAGAUGAAGACACUAGCAGCGAAGACUCACCUCAAUCACUAUGCCAAUUACCUGAAAGCACUUUAGCCGAUUUAAUUAAAAUUUCAAACUGGUUGGAAGAAAGAGGUCAUCGUAGACAUGCUAAACUCUACUCCAAUGUUCGCUCAGGCAUUGUUCUCAAAUCAUUACAAUUAAUGAAAGAACAUCAAAAAAGUGCUAGUGGUGGAAGUACUCAUGCUUCAAGUCCUAUGCCUAGAGUCAAAUUUGCUCAUCGUCAUUCUUUAAGUGUAACCGAAACAGCUGGACGACGUACUUCUCGUCGUCUUCAGCAAGCACUGGAAAAAAAGGCCAGCAAAAUAAUGCAAAAAGCAUCUCAAACGACCGGUUUGUCCUUUCCGUCGUCAAGAAAAGGUGCACCAUCACCUGGCAGCCACUUACAUCAUCAUCAUGGCUCAGAUGAUGCUGCACCUGACGAGCAAGAGAUGGAUAAUUACUUGCUACUAGCAGCUGGACUUCACAAAUUAAUGCAAGCUGAACGUACUCUUGUGGGCCGCAUUCUGCCAGUUUCUCUGCAACUGCAAGUUCUCGAGGCGACAGUCCAAGAUGCCAUGGAUCUAGUGGCUCAAGACGGUGAAAAUAUAGCGUCGCGUGCAAAACGUUGCAUUGCAAGAAGAGACUUCGGAGCAGUACUUGUUGUUUUUCCAAUUCUCAAGCAUCUUGAAGAGCUGAAACCUGAUUUGGAAAGAACCGUGGAGGGAUGCGAGUAUGCCCUGAGAAGCAAGUUUGCUUCGGUUAUUCAGACUCUUACCGAUACCGGUGCUCAAGCAUUGGAAUGCUUUGGAGAGAGUGUACGUAAUGAGUCGGGUACGGUAUUGCCAAAAGACGGCACGGUAGCCGAAAGCACCAGCAACGUCCUUAUAUUUCUGGAGCAAUUGAUCGAGUACGCCGAUACGGUGGGCGCUGUUCUGAAGCGACAAACUGAUCCCGAUCCCAUUGGUUUGGUGAUCAACAAACAAUUACAAAACGAGCAUCGAAUAGCCGUUGGCCUCUACAUCAAACGAGUAUUGGCUCUGUUGAAUUUGGCUCUGGUCAGUCGCAGUGAUCAGUCGUAUUCAGAUCCAGCUUUGCGUGCCUUAUUUCGACUCAACAAUCAUAAUUAUGUGAUAAACGCCUUGAGAAGAAGCUCUUUGAUGGAAUUGCUGUCCCUUGCCGAACCCAAAGCUGAGCAGACUUAUCUCGACAUGCUUGCACGAGAUCGGCAUACUUACGUCAACACGACUUUUGCCAAGACACGUGGACAUAUAGAUAAUCAUAAUGAUGAACCUGGCUCUAAGGUAUUAAAAGAUCGUUUCUCGAGUUUCACGCGUGACUUCGAGGAAACGGCGAAAUUCCAACGAACAUAUGCUGUUCCUGAUGCACGGCUCCGUAAAGAAUUGAGAAGAGAGUUGCGUCACUCACUAGUACCGCUUUACACCAACUUUUAUCAUAAAUAUCGGCACACAUCGUUUUCCAAAAAUCCUGCAAAAUAUAUCAAAUACAGUCCGGAACAAGUUACCGCUACGAUAGAAACUUUCUUUGAUUCCGCUGCGUAAAAUUUUUUGCAAGCUGCUGAUAACUUUUUCAAAGCGGAAGAUCAAUUUCUCAAUUCUAAUCAGUUUGUCAUUUGUUUUUGCAUGACAUUUAUUUCAGAAAUAUGAAACUGAUCAAAAGCUAUCGUUUAGCACUCUUUUCUAAAAAGAAUAAAUAAUUAUCAUUUUAUUAAUAAGUUACAAAAUCUGUACUAAGUGAAAAAUUAAAUAUACGAUCACUACGAGAUCUAAUGUUGAUGAUAUUGUAAAACAGCAUCAAAUGGAGGUUAUUGUAAAAA